GAUGCGCACAGUCUUUUGCGGUGUCGCUAUUCGCUGUGUCGCUCGUUGAUAAACAAAGUGAAAUCGAAAAGCGCAAGGUGUCCCGGUGUCUGAACAACCUAAUACCGAACAUGGAGUUCGACAGACCCGUGCCGCUCAUGUUGAGGGUACUUCAUCUUCUGAGAUUGUUUAUAGCGAAAAUAGGUCGGUUUUUCUUCGUUCUGUUUAACUCCAACGAGCCUAAGAGAAUACCGCCGAUAAAUUGUGACAUACUCAGGGAGCCGGCUGUCACCGUCGCCAGAAAAAUCAGACGUAAAGAGAUUACGAGCGUUGAAGUCCUUGAGGCCUGUAUACGGCGGAUCAACGAUAUUAAUUCUGCUCUGAACUGCUUCGUUGAAAGCCGCUUCGAGGAAGCCCACAAAGAAGCCCGGGCGGCCGACGCCCUGAUCCGCGCCGGGACGCACUCCGCGGAGCAACUGGAGCUCGAGAAACCUUUCUUGGGGGUUCCCUUUACGACGAAGGACAGUAUAGGUGUCAAAGGAUUACAUCAGACAGCCGGCGUGGUUCUCAGAAGAGAUUACAUUUGCGAGGAAGAUGCUGACGCCAUUAAGUUAUUACGCGCAAAAGGAGCCGUCAUUAUAGGAACUACUAACGUGCCCGAGGCUUGCAUGUGGUGGGAGACUCACAACCACAUCUAUGGCAGAACAAACAACCCGUACGACACCAGGCGGAUGGUUGGCGGUUCCUCCGGCGGAGAAGGAGCGCUGCAGGGAGCGGCGGGCAGCGUGUUUGGCAUUGGUUCCGACAUCGGAGGGUCAAUCCGCAUGCCGGCAUAUUUCAACGGAAUAUUUGGACACAAACCAUCACGUAACAUUGUAUCUAAUAGCGGACAACAUCCGAUCCCGAAAACAGAAUAUAUUAAUUCAUUCUUAGGAGUCGGUCCCAUGGUGCGGCAUGCAGUAGACUUGAAGCCAAUCUUGGAAAUUAUUUCAGGAGAAAACAGCCACAAGUUGAAUUUAAAUCAGCCAGUUGACGUCGCAAAGUGCAAAGUGUUUUAUCAAAUCAACAGCAAGGCGCCACUCACUGAUCCCGUGGACAAGGACAUAGUUAAAGCGAUGCAUAAAGUACUCGAAUAUUUGCAAGAGAAACACAGUAUUCGAUCAGAAGAAAAGGAAAUUCCGCUGUUGAGAAAGUCACUGGCAAUCUGGUUCGCGAACAUGAAAUCAAACGAAACUUUCGGUUCGUUGAUAAUGAAAGAUAACACAGUUUUUGGAACGUUAAAGGAAAUCGUCAAGAAUAUAUUCGGUUGUUCCGGAAACACAUUGAUUGCACUUUUCACAGCGCUCUUUGAUUUCGGCGGUGUACAAUACGAAAGUGACAGAUACAAGCAUUAUCAGAAAUUGCGAGACGAAUUGGAAAAUACUUUCACGAAGAUGCUCGGCGACGACGGGGUGUUCCUAUACCCCACGCACCCCACUCCGGCGCUGUAUCACAACGAACCGGUCUUGAGAUCGAUGAACUUCGCCUACACCGCCAUCAUAAACUGCCUCGGUUUCCCGGCAACAACGGUGCCGCUAGGACUGAGCUGUGAUGGUCUUCCCAUUGGCAUUCAAGUCAUCGCUAACCACAACAAUGACAGGCUGUGUUUGGCGUUUGCUGAAGAACUAGAAAAAGGCUUUGGAGGUUGGAUUGAACCUCAUACUUCAACCAAAGAAAGGAAAGAUUGAUUAGACCAACAACCACACAAAUUAAAACCGGAGGCUGUGACAUGUGCGGAUCAAUUAAUGACCAAUUGCCAUUGCAACAAUAAAAGAUUUGUAUAAUACGGAAAACUAGCACCAUUAAGUGCUUUUAUCUGGCUCAAGCAGGGUGGCUGAGAUAUCUUAAGUUUAAUGGAUUGGGACUAACAUAAAGCAUCAUAUACAUAGUCAUACAUCAUAUAUCAGCAUAUUAUUUGCCCUUUGAAUACAUAAGUAUGACAAUUUUAAAUGUAAUACUAUAUUCUUUACAAGACAGAUUCCCAAUGCGCUGCCUUUACUUCUUUAUUAAAAUUUAUAUUCUAACAAUAA